AUGGAUCCAACAAAUUUUUUAAUACAAUAUAAUGAAUUCAUUGAAGACAUUAAAGAAAAUAUAGAGAUGAUAAAAGUGCUUGAUGAGAGAAUCAGAGAUAGAAAACAAAUACUUUUAAUGAAUAAUGAUGAAAAAGUUGCUGAAAUAGAAAGGCUAAGAAAAAAGGUUACAAGUUAUGAAAAAGAACAAAGAAGAACAGAAAAAGAAAAUGAAAAAAUAGAAGAUAUGACUCCUGAAGAAAUUAAAGCAAAGUAUAUUAAACAAAAAGUUUUAUUAGGAAAGUGUAGAGUAGCCGUUGAAUAUUUCAAAACAGGUCGUGAUCAGGCACUACAAGAAGUUGAUAAAUUAAAGAAACAAAUAGAAGAUAAAACUGAUAGUUUCAAAAAUACAAUUGUUUGUGAUGUUAAGAAAGAGAUAGAAGACAUGAGGAGUUUCCAAGAGAUUCAAUCAAAUAAUCAUCUUAAAAAUCUUAAAAUACUUGAGGAUCAAUCCAAAUUGUAUCAUGCAUAUUGGCAACAAACAAAAACAGACUUUUCCGAUUUUAAAAAGGAAAGUGAAGAUAAAAUCAAGAAAUUAAGUGAUAUUAAUGAAAACUUAAGUCGUGGUAUAAAGGAACGUGAUGAAAAAAUUAAAGAUUUAAAUGGUAUUAUUGAAAACUUAAACCACACAGAUACUUAUCUGAAAUCUACUACUCCGACAAUUGCUUCAGAAGAAUCAAAAGAAUUAGAACAACAAAAAACUGUAGAAAUAAAGGGGGAUAUUCAACCAUUAAUUGCACAACCUGCUAUUAUUCCUGUUGAAGAAGGUUAUUCUAGUACUAAUAAAGAAGAUGACAGAGAUUCUGUAGUUCGAAAAGAUACUUUAACAAUUAAUCAACAAAAAUCAUUAAGUCAAACAUUACCAAAAAGUAUAGAAGUAAAAGACACUAAAGAAGGAUUACAAACAGAAAUUCAACAAGAAGUGACUAAAGAAAAUGUAAUUGGUCAAAUACCAAAAUUGGAAGAAAUAAAACAAACAAAUAAAAUCAACGAUAAAAGCCUUGAAACUAAAAAGGCAAUUUUAGCAAAGGGACUAGCUUAUUUGAUUCAUGCACAAUCUGAUAAUUGA